AUGCAGAAAAAACAAGACAUUUCUUUGGGGGCACUACACCAACAGACACGAUGCCUGAGAUGUGGGGAGAUGCUGGAGUGGUCAGAGGAGCGUAGCGUGCUGCGCGGCUGCCCGUGCUGCUCGCCACUGGACGAGGCUUUGGAAGGUAUUGCAAGAGGCAAAGCAAAAAAAGAGGAGCGCCACCGGGCAGCGGGAAGAGUGGGCGACAUUGACUUCAUUGGUUCCAGCCGGACAAGAGGAAAGUUUAUGACGGUGAAUAGCGACACGGACCCGGCGUUGAUCUACCAGAUGCUGACCGAACAGUGGGGCCUUGCUGCUCCACACCUGGUGGUGGCGCUGGUUGGCGGGGAUGAGCUGGCCCAGAUGAAGCCGUGGCUGAGGGACACCGUGAGGAAAGGACUGGUGAAGGCUGCACAGAGCACAGGGGCAUGGAUUUUAACCAAUGGCCUCCGCUUUGGCAUCACAAAACACUUGGGCCAGGCAGUGCGAGACCACUCUCUAGCUAGCACAUCGUCAAAGAUCCGGGUGGUGGCCAUUGGCAUCACACCCUGGAACAUGAUCCACAACCGAGAGGCACUGCUCACUGCCAAGAUGGACAAACCCACGGUUUAUGAGCCACAAGACUUGCCCCAUGGUUCGGUCUACUCCCUGGACUGCCAUCAUUCCCACUUUGUGCUGGUAGAAGGGGACCCCAAUAGACCAGGAGCCACCAGUGAAAUAAGGGUCAAGCUGCUCAAGCACAUCUCCCUUCAGCGCACCGGUUAUGGAGGUGCAGGUAGUUUUGAGAUACCUGUUCUCUGUUUGUUGGUCCACGGAGAACCGAGAAUUUUAAAGAGAAUGUACAAGGGAAUUGGGAAUUCCACACCGUGGCUGAUACUGGCGGGUUCAGGGGGCGUGGCGGACAUCCUGGUCACGCUGAUGAACAAGGGCUGCUGGGAUGUGGAAAGUGUUCAGGAGCUGCUGCUAGACACAUUUCCCAGUGCCCACCACAGUGCAGACAUCAGCAACUGGGUCAAGCUGAUUCAGAAGAUAUUGAAUCACGGGCACCUUCUUACUGUCCACGACCCUGAACAGGACAGCUCUGAGCUCGAUACGGUCAUCCUCAAAGCUCUAGUAAAAGCGUGCAAGAGUCAAAGUCAGGAAGCCCAAGACUUCCUGGAUGAACUGAAGCUGGCAGUAGCCUGGAACAGGGUGGACAUUGCCAAGAGUGAUAUCUUCAAUGGUGACGUGGAGUGGAGGGCAUGCGACCUUGAGGAGGUGAUGAUGGAUGCCCUUAUCAAUGACAAACCCGACUUUGUGCGCCUCUUUGUGGACAAUGGUGUGAACUUGGGUGAGUUCCUCACCUACGGUCAUCUGCAGGAGCUCUACUGGUCUGUGUCAGAGAAAAGCCUUCUCCACAACCUGCUGCUCAAGAAGUACCAGGAGAAGCAACUCCUCCUUGGCACUGCCAGGACCCCUGGACCCCCAAGUUACCAUCCUGCUGAGCAGGGGGACCGGAAGGCCCGCUUCUCCCUCUAUGAGGUCUCCAAAGUCCUGAAGGACUUUCUCCAUGAUUCCUGCAAAGGCUUCUACCAGAAGAUUCCAACUGACAGGCCAGCCAAGGGUCGACUGUUCCACAACCAGAAAAGCCUCGCUGAAUUAGGGGGCCGCUGUGAACAUCCUUGGAGGGAUCUUUUCCUCUGGGCCGUGCUUCAGAACCGGCAGCAGAUGGCUAACUACUUUUGGGCCAUGGGCCCUGAGGCUGUUGCAGCAGCCCUGGCUGGUUGUAAGAUUCUGAAAGAGAUGGCACAUCUGGAAUCUGAGGCUAAGUCUGCCCGCAGUAUGAAGGAGGCCAAGUAUGAACAGUUUGCACUCGAUUUAUUUGGAGAAUGCUACUCCAACAGUGAAGACAGGGCUUAUGCUUUGCUGGUGAGGCGAACCCGCUGUUGGAGCAAAUCCACUGUCCUUAACCUGGCUACAGAGGCUGAUGCCAAAGGCUUCUUUGCUCAUGAUGGAGUACAGGCUCUCCUCACGAAGAUUUGGUGGGGUGCAAUGACAACGGACACGGGCAUCUCUAAGCUAAUGGUGUCCUUCUUCUGUCCAGCACUCAUUUGGACCAACCUCAUCAAGUUCAGUGAUGAGGAGUUGGAUAACCGUGGUGGGAAAGAGCAGUUUGCAGAGCUGAACAGUCUGGACACAGAGAAGGCUUUACUGCUCACCCAUGACAAUGACACUCUAGACUCCACAUCAGGUGGCCCUACAACCCAAAGCUGCGCCUCCGUGUGGUGGCACUUCCUACUGCGGCGUUGGCGGCGUUUCUGGAUGGCCCCCAUCACCGUGUUCCUUGGCAAUGUCAUCAUGUACUUCGCCUUUCUCUUUCUCUUCACCUAUGUGCUCCUGCUGGACUUCCGCCCACCACCUCCAAAAGGUCCCGGAGCCGCAGAGAUAAUUCUUUAUUUUUGGGUCUUCACCUUGGUGCUGGAGGAACUUAGACAGGGUUUUUUUACGGAUGAGGAGAUGAAUAUCUUGAAGAAGUUCAAGCUCUAUGUGGAGGACAACUGGAAUAAGUGUGACAUGGUUGCCAUCUUGCUCUUUGUCAUAGGAGUGUGCUGCAGGAUGGUUGCGAGCACUUACGAAGCAGGAAGGACUGUUCUGGCGAUCGACUUCAUGGUGUUCACUCUGAGGCUGAUCCACAUCUUUGCCAUUCACAAGCAACUGGGCCCAAAGAUCAUCAUCGUGGAGAGGAUGAUGAAGGAUGUCUUCUUCUUCCUCUUCUUCCUGAGUGUGUGGAUGAUUGCAUAUGGUGUUGCUACCCAGGCUCUCCUCCACCCCAAUGACCCAAGGAUUGACUGGGUGUUUCGCAGAGCAUUAUACCGCCCCUACCUGCACAUCUUCGGCCAGAUCCCCUUGGAGGAAAUAGAUGUGGCAGAAAUGCUGGAGAAAAAUUGUACCAAAGAACCGGAAGAGAUUAUUGCUGGUAUUCUACCACCAUGUCCCAACAUCUAUGCCAACUGGCUGGUCAUCUUGCUCCUGGUCAUCUUCCUCUUAGUCACCAAUGUCCUGCUACUCAACCUACUGAUUGCUAUGUUCAGCUACACGUUCCAGGUCGUUCAGGGGAACACAGACAUCUUCUGGAAGUUUCAGAGGUACAACCUGAUAGUGGAGUAUCACAGCCGUCCUGCCCUGGCUCCACCUUUCAUCAUCAUCAGCCAUCUCUCCCAGCUCUUCCUCAGCCUGGUCAAGCGGCCCGAGUCGAAGCAGGAGCUCCUUGAAAGGGAGCUGCCAGCAGGAUUAGACCAGAGGCUAAUGACGUGGGAGACAGUGCAGAAGGAAAACUACCUUGCCAAGCUAGAGCGCCAACACUGGGAGAGCAGCGAGGAGAGGCUGAAGACCACAUCCUCCAAGGUCCAGAGCUUGGUAAGGAUUGUUGGUGGCUUCAAGAACCAAGAGAAACGACUUGCAUCCAUGGAAGCGCAGGUUAGAUACUGUGGAGAGGUGCUGUCCUGGAUGGCCGAGUGCUUCACUGAGAGCACACUCAAAUGUGGAAGAGAGGCUCCCAGAGCUCCCUUGUCUUUAACAGGCACCGAGGCAAGUUCGACCACCAAAGGUCCAUCUGUGCAGAGUGAACCACACAAAGAGGUGAAACAGGAUGGGAAAGAAACUAGACCAGAGCAUCCUGGAUAUGGAGCUAACAAACGAUUCCCUUAUAUUGAUGAAUGA